AGUACUCGCGCUCGUUGAGCGUGUCGUCCUCGUUAGAGUUGUAUUCAAGAGCUCGGGUACUCAGUCAAGACAAACACGAUAUUCAAAAUAACAUGUUACUUUAGACAAUGCCUGCGAAUGAGCGCUCUCGAAGAUUCACUGGUCCAGGUAGUUACAGGUUAAGCGAUUCAGUUUGAAGACGACUAAUCGAGUAAUUUCGACCGUGUGUAUAAAUCAACAACGCCGCCAUAUUUUCAUUAUUAUGAGUGGAAAAUUGAAUUAAAAAUGUUGUACAUUAGUUUAUUAGCAUUAUUAUUCUUUGCGUCAGAGAUAAACUGUCGACCAUCUUAUAUGAGGGGUCGCAGAGAUGACAAUGGAGAUUUGAUGACGAUCCUGAGAUCUGCUACGAAGAAAAAAGCUGUGGCAACCAGAAUUCUUGGCAAAGAGAACAAUAAAUUCUGUCCUAAAACAAAGGCAGAGGAAGACAAAGCACUUAAAAAGGAACAGAGACCGGACCUCGUUGAAGGUGAUGUUUUGAUGACAGAAAAGCUGAAGAAACUGAUCGAAAAGGCGAACAAGACAGCUGGAGAAAGAGACGUUCUUUCGUUUGAGUCAAUGCAUUGGAAAGAAAAAGCUAUACCUUACGUCUUUGAUCCUUCGUUGAGCCAACGAGCUAAAGACGCCGCCCAGGCAGCUUUCCAAGACUUCAGUAAAUUCACUUGCGUUAGUUUUGUGCCAAGGACGAGUCAGGCUGAUUACAUCAGAUUUUUCCCUGGGAAAGGUUGUUACUCUUUUGUUGGUAAAAAUGGAGGCUCACAGGAUCUUUCAAUUGGCGCUGGUUGUGAAUACAAAGGAACAAUAAUCCAUGAGUGUAUGCAUGCAAUGGGCUUUUUUCACGAACAUACCAGACUGGAUAGGGAUAACUACGUUACAAUUAAGUGGGGGUCAAUCCAAACUGGAAUGGAAAACAAUUUCAAAAAAUAUGCCGUUGGUUCAGCUGAUUAUCUUGGUGCCGAUUAUGACUUCAACAGCAUCAUGCAUUAUCCUGAGACCGCAUUCUCUAAAGACGGUACAAAAACCAUUGAAAUAUUAGCAUCGGUCAGCCCGACACCUAAGAUCGGCCAGAGAGAUGGUAUGAGUGAGACUGACAUCACACAAAUUAAGAAGCUGUUCAAAUGCCAAGACCCAACAACGGCUCCAGCCGAGACUACAAAGCCUGUCACUACUGCCGCACCUGUCACAACUGCAGCACCUGUUACAACUGCAGCGCCUGUCACAACUGUACCAGUUGUAACUAAGCCUGUCACAACUGCUCAACCUGGAACAACAGCUGCACCAGUUACAACAGCUGCCCCAUCAGAGACUCCGGACAAGGCAACGACUGUAAAAACUGCCAUCACAACUAGCCCGACAGAACCCCCUGAACUCGAGGAAACGACCACAGCAAAACCAACGACCGUUCAAACUAAAGCAACUGCGACCGAUUCCCCCACAAAGGAAAGUAAGAAAAUUAAAACAACCCCCAGAACAACAAAAACAAAGGCAAAGACUACUACCCCCACACCAUUAACAGUAACAUCACCGAAACCGUCAACUAAGGAACGGGAAGGUAAGAGUCCUACAAAAGCAAUAACUACAACCCCAACGACAACAACCCCAGAAAUCACCGAGGCUCCGAAGAAAACAGCUAACCCAUCAACUGGUGUGACGGUUGCUUUCACCACUCCAACACCAGAGAUGCACAUUGAGCAUACAACACAGGCACCACCGACGAAAAGCGGAAAGAAAGAAGGCAGUGUGGUAGAUGAAGAUAAAGAAGACCAAUCCAAAGGCAAAGGAUGGGGCUGGGGAAGGAAAAAUAAAAACAAAGGUAAUAAUGGGCGAAAAGGGAGGAAUAACAAGAAACAAGGGAACAACUGGGAGGAAGAUGAGAGCGAGAAAGAGGACAAAAAGAAGGAAAAGAGCAAUAAAAAGGAAAAAGAUCGUAAAGACGACGACUAGAAGAGAAAUCAAAGAAAAUGAGACAUGGACUAGAGCUAGCGAGAGAAAAGGGAAACAAUACUGUGCUGGGUAUAUUGGCAAUAACGCAAUACAUUGAAGAUGCUCUUGCUCUUUCUGGCAAUAACAUUUGACUUGUGAAUACAAAUACAUACACACAAUAUCUUGACUGACUGUAUAUUGUUGACUUGAACAGAAUCGUUAUCCUACAUAGUAAAAUACACCUAAGUCAUAUUUUUAUAGUAAGGUAACAUCAUAUACAUCCAAACACAUUUUUGCUCAUAUACACGCAGAUACACAGCACACAAUACUUUUAAAAAGCAAAGCAAAAACUACUAUACAAUAACUACGUUAAGUACUAACCUUAGAUCUUAUAUGCAAAUUAGCUACUAUAUAUGACAUUUUUAUAUUAGCUUCUGUUGACGGCAGAGGGAAUGUACUGGAAAGAUAAGAAUUUUAAAGAAAUGCAUAUAAAAUCAAAAGCUUUCAAACAUCAUGUUUGCAUUCUAAUGCCACUUUUACUUACAUUCUUUUUAUCUAAAUAUAACUAAAUAAAAAAACUAACACGCUUGCCUAAAUCAAUUUGCAAAACAGAGGGUGAGACAGUUUGGUAGGAAAGUUUGGUAGAUAAACCGAUGAAUUUCUUGUUGUGUUUUCAAAAAUUACCUUUAAAUCAUGUUCAAAUGCUGAAAACAGAAUUUUUUCACUGUUUUCAUUCUAUUCUGUGUUUUUUUUCUAUAUCCAUGCAAUUUUAUUCAUCCAUACACGCAUAGGCGCCGACUUUUAUUUUUCCCAGGGGGGGGGGCUCAAAAUUCAAAUUAAAAAAAAAUUAAAAAAGGUAAAAGGUAGAGAAAUUCCCUGUCGCUUUAAUAACGAUAAUAGACAAGUUAAAAUAUCAACAGAUGACGUAGGAGACAUAAAGUUUAGACUAAAUUUUUUACAAAGGAUUUAUUUGAUUCAAAUUAUUUUUUAACAAUAGAUAAAUUUCACAUACUUAGAAUAUACAUAUUACAUAUACAUUAUCGUGCCCCCAAGCCCCCACGCCCUCGAAUAUACAUAUAAAUUAUCGAGCCCCCGAGCCCCCACGUAGUCGGCGACUAUACACAACUCCCUUCCCUUAUAUUUAUAGACAUUUUAGACGGCUUUCAUCUCAGUCAGCCAUUACGACUUCAUAUCUCCCAAUUCAAUCAUAUCAAAACAUGGCCAGGGACCUUGUAAUUCUGAAAAGGGAUAAAAUGGUUUUUACUUUUUUCUAAGGCAGAAAUCGUAUUGUCAAAGAAAUUCCUCUAGUAAACCUUUUAAAAACUAUUUCCCACCCCCCCCCCACACUAUUAUCAACCUGCCGAAAUCAAAACCCCUUCAAACUUUUUCAAGUCUUGGGGGGGGGGGGUGGCUGCCCAUUGUUUUCCUUCACAUUAAAUAUAUCUGCGAACGGCAAGACAUAGUUUCUUUGAAAAUAAUCGACCAUGCUUUGCUGUAGAUUUACCUUUUAUAUUACAUUUUUUUAAACUUUUGGCAUUUAGGGCCCGGGCGUUACAUAGCAGAUUUUGCACCGAUCAUUAGAAGACAAUGAGGAUUACGUUUGUCGCGAUUUUGUCAUGUUUCAAAUUCUAAUGCGCCCGAGCCCUUAGACAUCGUGUAUUGUGUAAAAACAACUGUUGAUAGAAACGAUGAAUUCAUAAAAAUCUACUUUUACAAUUUUUGACUUUGAAUCCCACAACCUGAAAUAGCACCAUGAAAUACCGCUAAAUGUGCAAAAUCAGUUAAAUGUGUUACGAAUUGGCUGAGAUAUUUUCACAUAAGCGCAGGCUCUUUCCUCAUCAAACCUCGGUCAUUUGGUCUCUGGUAAUAACUUUAAGAAACAAGACAAAGUAACAGUAAUCCGUUAGCGAACUGCAAAUCUUUUAUUGGCCAUAUUUCGCCAGAUUUUUGACAUACCCAUUUCAUUUUAGAUAUUUAGAAGUAUGAGAUUUUUAGGGUAUGGGACUCAAUCUGAAAAAUUCUAAAAACAGAUUAUAUUUAUGACGUCAUACUCUAUAGAACUCUAUAGAAGACUAAAAGGAUGCAUUGUAACCUCUUUUGGUAGUAAAAGAACAAUUCCUGUUCACAGCUUUUGCAUAAAAACGCUUAUUUUUACUUUAGCUAGUAGGGACUCAUGCAAGCCAGAGGCUAGUUAAAGCUUUACUCUAUGUUGCUGUUUGAAAACUAAUAUAAAAUCCCGUUAUAUUGUGUGUUUUUUUUGUAUAUUACUCGGUCAUCCUAUAACGUGGUAUAUUGCAAAAAUUAUUGCCGAUGAAUAGCAAACAAUUCAAAACUUGAUCCAUUCUUUGAGAUUAUUUUAAUCUCGCCAAAAAGCAACUACUUUAAUUCAUACAACAUCAGCUUUCAUUAAUUUUUUUACAUCGCAUGAAAGUGAAAAACCCAGGUUCACUCUUUAGCUCAAAACUACAAUUGUUCCUGGCACAA